AUGGCGCGUCCUCCCGGGCACUGCCUCCUCCUGAUCUGCGCGCUGGGCAUCUUUGUGGGCAACCACUUUGCUGCAGGUCAGAGGAACAGCACGCUCAUCUUCACAAGGGAAAACACCAUUCGGAACUGCAGCUGCUCUGCUGACAUCCGGGACUGUGACUACAGUUUGGCCAACCUGAUGUGCAGCUGUAAAACCGUCCUGCCCUUCGCCGUUGAACAAACCAGCUACAGUGGCCAUCUGACCAUCUGGUUCACAGACACGUCUGUGCUGGGCCGCCUGUUGAACUUCACAUUGGUCCAGGACCUGAAGCUUUCCCUGUGCAGCACGAACACUCUCCCCACUGAAUACCUAGCUAUCUGUGGUCUGAAGAGGCUUCGUGUCAACACCGAGGCCAAGCAGCCCUUCCCAGAGCAGAGCUUACUCGUCCACAGCGGUGCAGACAGUGACUCCAAACUCCAGCCCAUGUCACUAGGCAAAGGCUGGCAAACAUGUAUGUAUGUCACGUUCUUAGAUAUGGCUCUUUUCAACAGGGACUCAUCCUUAAGAGCGUAUAGUAUUGAAAACGUGGCCAGCAUUGCCAACAACUUUCCUGAUUUUUCUUACUUUAAAACCUUCCCAAUGCCAAGCAACCAAAGUUAUGUUGUUACGUUUAUUUACUAACAUUAUAACUGUAUUCAGCUGGGUAAGCACUUUGGCAAACCACCCAUAAUUUGAACAAGGG